CACACUAUGUCUAAUUGCCCUAACUUCACUGAAACAAAACAGGACAGGGUUCUUACCGAAAAAGACUGGAAGGAAAAAUGGGAAACGAGAUGUAUUGGAUUUCAUGAAAAGGAUGUACAUCCGUUAUUGACAGAAUUCCUGAAUGAAAUGAUAAAUGGCAAGGAGAAGCUCAACAUUUUCUUUCCUCUUUGUGGAAAAGCAGUGGAUAUGAAAUGGUUGGCGGAUAUGGGACAUAACAUUGUUGGAGUUGAUGUCGCUGAAUUGGGUUUAAAGGAAUUUUUUGAAGAACAAAAUGUUCCCUAUGUUGAAGAAGAAGUACCAGAGAUACCUGGGGCAAAGGUUUUCAAGAGCAUUUCUGGAAACAUUUCACUGUACUGCUGUAAUUUGUAUAACAUUUCAAGCUCAAUCAUUGGAAGGGUUGAUGGAAUAUGGGACAGAGGAGCACUGGUUGCUGUGAACCCAUGUGACAGGGAACGGUAUACCAGUUGUCUAUUAUCAUUACUAAAUAAGGAUAGCCGUUACCUGCUCGUAGUCCUUGAAUAUGAUCCAAAGUUGAUCUCAGGACCACCAUUUUAUGUCCCUGAAUCUGAUAUAGAGCAACUGUUUGGUUCCACCUGCAAAUAUAAACUGUUGAAGAAAAUUUAUGCAUUAACGGACAGGCAGAAACAGUGGGGACUUGAUUACUACUAUGAAAAAAUAUACCUUGUGACACCAAAAUCUCUUUCGUGAUGGAUUGCAAACAUUUAAGCAAGAUAAACAUUUUUAAGAUAUGUUGUCAAUAGAUUUG